AUCACAACAAACAUUUCAUCUUGUUUUUCACAGUACUUUGUGUAACAUCCAACAUUGCAUAAAUUUGCAUUGUCUCAGUCCUGUUUUGUUUAAGCCACUUCACAUCCUAUAUAAACAACUGCUCAAACGCCACUGAAUUUCAAUUCCAAAUGGCGAAUGUCGAAGACAGUACUAAUUCCCCUGAAAACUCCGAAACUCUGCCUCCCUCUGCUCCGCCCCUGCCUCCACCAGCCCCUCCGGUUGUGGCCAAUGAUGUUGAGCAAGGCGAAACACCUAGUGCAUCAGUGACCAAGACGCCAGAGAUUAGGAGGAGCUGGAGAAGAGAGGAUCUUUAUAAGAACGCUUCACUGGCGUUGCGUGUCGUGGGAUUGUUGUUCUCGUUUCUUGCUCUCAUCAUCAUGGCUACUAAUAAACAUGAUGGCGCAAACUUUGUUGAUUUUGAUGAAUACAGCUAUUUGUUGGCAGUAGCAGUUAUAUCAACAGUUUAUACUGGAGGCCAAGUUUAUCUACAAGUUCAUGAGCUUGCUACAGGGGUGCAGACAUUUUCGCACAAAAAAUUGAGUCUCUGCAGCUUUAUUGGUGAUCAGAUUGCUGCAUACUUGUUGAUUUCAGCAGGAUCAGCGGCAGUGCCAAUAACAAACAGUCUGAGAGAACUAGAAGACGAUUACUCGUCAGGAGGCAGUUUGUUUACAGAUUCCUCCUCAGCAGCCAUCGCCAUGGCGUUUAUAGCAUUUCUUUUUCUUGCACUGUCUGCUCUUGUUUCUGGAUAUAAGCUUUCGCGCCAGUCUUAUAUCUGAUACUACACCACUUCCAUUCUUUUAAGCACAUUACACAAUUAAGCGUUAAUCAGAUUGGUAUAAUGAGAUAAUGGACAGUUACAAGACUGAGAAGUGAUGUUCUAGAUGUAAAACUGCAUUUCAUUGGUCUGGCAAGUUUGUUCCACGGAAUAAUACUAGUAUCUUGUUUGAGCUGUUUC